AUGAAGAAAUCAAAACAAGCAAAUGUAUCAGAAUGUGAAGUUGGGGUCGAUAUGAUUAGUAUCUUGCCGGAUCUUGUUCUUCGAUUAAUUCUUUUACGUCUUCAAGGUACAAAAGAGGUAAUUCGAACAAGCAUUUUGUCGAAACGAUGGAGAUUCAAAGACUUUGUAUAUUGGGUUUUACUAAACAAAACCCUUGAUUUAGAUAACUUUCAUUUGUGGUGUUCAAAUUACUACAACAUGUCGACCAUAAGGCAGUGGAUUCAUGUUGCUGUUAUGAGAAAAGUCAAACUACUUGACUUGAUGUUCUGCUCUAGGGAGGAGUCUGAGGAUAUUGAGGUGCCACAUUAUCCGGUGACUUGUAGUUCUCUGGAGGUGUUAAGGUUGUGUUUGUUCAGGUGUGCUCUAUGUUUGCCUAGCAUUACAUGUUUUCCAGCACUUAGGGUUCUUGAGUUGAAUUAUGUUGGGUUAGGAAAGUGUGAUUUGGUAAAACAUUUUCUCGAAAGCUUCCCAUUGCUUGAGGGGUUAAGUUUGACAGACUGCAUAGUGCUUGAAUGGCAAGAUCUUUGUAUUUCAUCCCCAAAGCUUAAGAAUCUGAGAAUUAAGAACCAUUAUGAAGAGACUGGAGAAUACUGUUAUACUAGGAAGUAUUCACGUAUUGAGAUUUCUUGCCCAAAACUAGUGUUUUUGAAGUAG